GGUUGAUGCUAAAUUAAGCCCUGUCAGGAUGUUCUUUGUUUUCUGAGGUGGGCCUUCUGAAUAACCAGGAACAGAGCAGUUUUCCUUCCUACUCCACAAAAAGAUAAGAAAUGUUAGGGGUGUGUUACAGAGGCGCCAUCAAAGCCAGAUGUUUUAAUGCUGUGGAAGAUGGUAAACCGGAGAAGGCAUCAGGGAAGGAUGACAGCAUGGGGAGACUGCCAUGCAUAAGGCUUCUCGGAGAAGACUUCUGGACAUACAGUUACAUCAGGUUUUGUUCUGCCCAAAAGAAUUAAAUGAUUGAAACUAUAGAUACUUCCAGUUUCAUCUUGUGAACAAUCAAUAUCAAUAUGGAGGCGUAGGCACCUUAGAAGGGACUUCAGUCUGAACUCUGGGAGGUAGUUCUGUGCACAAAUAAAGAAACUAAGGGUUCAAAUUUUUUUUUUUAAUCUGAGGAUUCUGUUUGUUUCUGUAUGCCAUAAACAUGGCAUACAGAAAAAACUUAAUUCAACAGUAUAAAGCAUUAGAAUGUCCCGACACAAGCCAAUUAAUUUAUGUUAAAUGUGAUAACUCUAUACUUGUAACUAAGGCACCAGGUUAAAACUGAUAUGCUCUGUUCAGUCUGUGCUGACAAUGUUAUAGACAGAAAAGUCUGGGGCUAUUCCAGUUUAAGACAGUUCAUCCUUGUCAGGGACAGCGUAUAGGAUUUGUUUUAUCUCAUAGCUGAAUAUUCAAUAUAUGUGAAGUUGAGUAUAAACUAACUUCUUUGGUCUUAACAAGUACUACAACAAUAUGCAGAAGUUGAGGGGUUUUUUAGAAGCUUAGUAGUAGCAAAUAUACGAGAUGAGUUCAGGGGCUCCCUUUUUGUAUGCCUUUUCAGCUUGAUAAACCGUUAUUUUCAGCCUCCCUAUGAGGUUUAAACCCGAAAAUCUUUACAUGCAUAUUUAUCAGCUGUCUAGGAUGAAAUAGUUCUUAAAUCACUUAACAUAUGUUCUGGUUAAAAAUUAUGUUAUUUUAGUUGCCCCCCAUUUUAGUUUCUUUAUUGACAAAGGGUUUUGAUAACCCCAUUUGAGGUUGUUCCCCCUGCCCCUGCCUGUAUCCCACCUCCACUAGCCUGACAGAUUGAUAAUGCUCUCCCAGAUAACACAGUACAAGGAAAGCACAUGACGCUGAUAUGAUUCAAGGGAGGGUCCUUUUUGACGUGCUUGCUUUAAUUGUCAGAAUGGGGUGGGACAGCUUUUGCACUGAAAGCAGUUGUGUAAACUGAAGUAUAAGAGCUUCCCUAGUGUUUUAAGGCUGUUAAUUGUGAAGCUAAUUCUAUUCCCAUACGCAUUCAAAAUUGCACAUUGAAGUAUUUUCAGGUUCCUACCUUUGUACAGGCAGGGGUUAUUCCAAAUUGCCUUUAAUGCACACAACUACCUCCCAGAGGAAGACUUGUCCCAUUCUUCCAAAAGUAAUCCAUUAUGAACAUAAUGGAAAAUAGCCCUUUCUUGGCUAGCAUCAUGAAGCAGAGUGCUUUGUGUGGUGAACUGAAGUAUGACUUAUCUUGUGAACUCUACAGAAUGUCGACCUUUUCUACUUUCCCCAUGAAUGUACCAGUGUCAGAACGGAGUCUUGCUCGGGCUGGGUUUUAUUACACAGGUGUGCAAGAUAAAGUUAAGUGCUUCAAUUGUGGCUUAACACUGGACAACUGGCAACCAGGAGAUAAUGCUAUGGAAAAACAUAAACAGCAGUAUCCUAGCUGCAGUUUUGUUCAAAGCAUGCUUUCAGCUAACAACCUCGGACUGUGUUCUCGUUCUGCCUUUUCACCUCUGGUUGCAAAUAGUCUCUCACCAUCUCUACAUUCCAUAACACUUUCUCCAAGUUUAGAACAAGUUGGAUAUUUCAGUGGCUCUUUUUCCAGUUUUCCACAAGACCCGAUAACUACUAGAGCAGUUGAAGACCUUUCAUUUUUGAGACCUAAACUUCACAAUCCAUCUAUGAGUACAGAAGAUGCUAGACUACGCACUUUUCACUCAUGGCCGCUGACGUUUCUCUCACCCACUGAUCUGGCUAAGGCUGGACUUUAUUACUUGGGGACAGCUGACAAAGUUGCGUGUUUCACCUGUGGUGGUCAGCUGAGUAACUGGGAACCAAAAGAUAAUGCUAUGUCAGAGCAUCGGAGACACUUUCCUAACUGCCCUUUUGUGGAGAACGUUACCCGAGACCUGCCAAGUUUCAAUGUGUCAAAUGUGAGCAUGCAAACUCAUGAGGCACGUGUUAAAACAUUCAUAAACUGGCCAACUAGAAUUCCGGUUCAGCCUGAACAGCUUGCAGAUGCUGGCUUUUACUACGUAGGCCGCAAUGAUGAUGUCAAAUGUUUUUGCUGUGAUGGCGGGUUAAGGUGCUGGGAAUCUGGAGAUGAUCCAUGGAUUGAGCAUGCAAAGUGGUUUCCAAGGUGUGAGUAUCUGCUUCGUGUAAAAGGAGGAGAGUUUGUAAGUCAAAUUCAGGCCAGGUUCCCCCAUCUUCUUGAACAGCUCUUGUCGACCUCUGAUACGCCUGUAGAUGAAAACAUUGAUCCCCCAAUUAUUCAUUUUGAACCUGGAGAAUGUCCUUCAGAAGAUGCAAUCAUGAUGAACACGCCUGUGGUUAAAGCUGCCUUGGAGAUGGGAUUCAGUAGAAGGCUCAUAAAGCAAACAGUGCAAAGUAAAAUCUUGGCCACUGGAGAAAACUACAAGACUGUUAAUGAUCUUGUGUCUGAUCUGCUGACUGCUGAAGAUGAGAAGAGGGAAGAAGAGAAAGAGAGACAAUUUGAAGAAGUGGCAUCAGAUGAUUUGUCCUUAAUCCGGAAGAAUCGAAUGGCUUUAUUCCAGCGUUUGACAUGUGUACUUCCAAUCCUCGGGAGUUUACUGUCAGCCAAAGUGAUAACAGAACUUGAGCAUGAUGUUAUUAAGCAAAAGACUCAGACACCAUUGCAAGCAAGGGAACUGAUAGAUACAGUUUUAGUGAAAGGAAAUGAAGCAGCCAGCAUAUUCAGAAACUGUCUACGAGACUGUGACCCUGUACUGUACAAAGAUUUAUUUGUGGAGAAGAACAUGAAGUAUGUUCCCACUGAAGAUGUUUCAGGUUUACCUAUGGAAGAACAAUUAAGAAGACUGCAAGAGGAAAGAACAUGUAAAGUUUGCAUGGACAAAGAAGUUUCUAUUGUUUUUAUUCCAUGUGGUCACUUAGUGGUGUGCAAAGAAUGUGCACCGUCCCUUAGAAAAUGCCCUAUUUGCAGGGGGACAAUAAAGGGUACAGUUCGUACAUUUCUUUCAUAAAGAGGGGAGCUUGCAAAAUGUCUUUGCUCCUGUCAUCCUCCAGUUGCUGAAGCUUAAGCCACACUGUCUUAAGAAUGGAAAACUGUGAUAUAGAAGAUGAUUAAUCAACUCCCUAACACCAUUAUGUAAUAGUAAACUGUAUCAUCAUUAUGAAUAUGCUAUGUCUUCCUUGCCAAAGCCUAUUUCUGUUAAUAAAACUAACUCAAUACUAAGGUGAGAUUUCUGCAGCUUUCCUCUCUGAGUAAGGAAAGCAGUUUCACUAGAAUGCCAUUUUGAAUAAAAAACCCUUUGUGGUUGAGUUCCUAAAAUAGAACUUGGCAUAACUCUUGUCAUGAGUUUCCCCCGUGUGGCUGUGAGGAAAUACAUGAAGGUUGCUGUUAACUUCAGCUACUGUUUUGGUUAUGUUUUGCCUUUCUUAUGGACUUGAGGAGGAAAGAGGCUGACUGUUGCAGGAACAGCAGGACAUUUUUUUAAGUUCUGUUCAUGUCUUGUUCAUGACUUGUGUAAUAUGUAUUAUUAAUAGUUUAUACAAAGACUGAAUUAAAAUACUUCUGCUUCUCAAAUGA